GUCUAAUGACUCAUCUAUAGCUUUCCACUUUAUUCCCCCCAUCAAGACCAAACUUGCUUUCUUCCAUGUUAAGCUUCCAAUAUUCACAAUCUCUCCAGUACUCUUCCCUCUUCAUAGCAAGACCACACCACUAAUUUUUCUCAAGGCUUGAAAUUCCAUCUCGGUUUUAAUUUCACAUCUUUAAUGUAUUGAAUCCUUUGGUUUUCGUUGCAAUGGCGAGUCCGAGAGAACACAUAGAGCACAUUAGAAAAACGACAUUCUCAAUAGGAGGAGAAAGGAACCCUUUGGCUCCUAUGCUUGAUCAGGCUGUCAAGUAUCUCUCUGCCGAGCUCUACACUAAAGAUGUCCACUUUCUCAUGGAACUCAUUCAGAAUGCAGAAGACAAUGAGUACUUGGAAGGUGUAGACCCUUCGCUCGAGUUCGUCUUGACAUCUCGUGAUAUAACAGCCACGGGGGCACCAGCCACUUUGCUGAUCUUCAAUAGCGAGAAGGGUUUUUCUGCUAAAAACAUAGAGUCGAUUUGCAGUGUUGGGAAUUCCACUAAGAAAGGCAACAGGAAACGUGGUUAUAUUGGGGAGAAAGGAAUUGGGUUCAAGAGUGUGUUUCUGAUCACUCCGCAGCCUAUCAUAUUCAGCAACGGCUAUCAGAUACGCUUCAACGAAAAGCCUUGCCCCCACUGCAAUCUUGGAUACGUUGUUCCUGAAUGGGUUGAGGAGAAUCCAUCUCUUUCUGACAUUAAACAAAUAUACGGUUCCAAUUCAACUCUUCCGACAACAACAAUAGUCUUGCCCCUGAAACCUGACAAGGUGAAGCCUGUGAAGCAGCAGCUGUCCAGCAUUCAUCCUGAAGUGCUUUUAUUUCUUUCGAAGAUUAAAAGCCUUUCUGUCAGGGAAGAGAACGAGGAUCCUAGGCUCAAUACAGUGAGUGCUAUAGCUAUUACAAAAGAAACUAAUUUCAGGACUAGGGAGAGCAUCGAUGCUGAGUCCUACACACUCCAUCUGUCUGCGGAGGAAAACAGUCCAGAUGAGCAAGACAGAGAAUGCAGCUAUUCUGUGUGGAAACAGAAGUUUCCAGUGAAAAAAAAAAACAAAGUCGAGAAGAGAAUGGGAGUGGAAGAUUGGGUAAUCACUCUGGCUUUUCCUAAUGGAGAGCGUCUCCGUCGAGGAAUGAGCUUGCCUGGAAUCUAUGCGUUUCUUCCUACGGAGAUGGUCACCAAUUUCCCCUUCAUAAUUCAAGCAGAUUUUAUUCUGGCAUCAUCUAGGGAAACAAUACUUUUGGAUGACAAUUGGAAUCAAGGGAUUCUUGAUUGCGUGCCGCUUGCUUUUAUUAAUGCAUUAGUGUCGUUAGUCAAAAUGAGAGAAGAUGCACCGGUGUCUAGUCUGCCUCGAUUGUUCCAGUUCUUGCCAAUCAAGAGUUCUCACUAUCCAACACUUAAUGCUGUGAGAGAAUCAAUCAAAGUAAAGCUGGCUGAAGAAGAAAUUGUUCCAAGUGAGCCUUUCACAGAGCAGAAGUUCUUCCACAAACCAUCAGAAAUUGGUCGAAUAAUGCCUGCAUUCUGGAGCGUGUUGAAAAAGGCAAGGAAGGAAGGGGUGAGAUUUCAUAACCUUUCAUCCCAUGGCUGGUAUGUUCUGAGCUCUCACUUUGAUAAAUCUGAGUAUGAUCAUAUACUUGAUUUCUUGGGCGUGGGACAUGUGAACAAUGAAUGGUAUGCAAGGUGCAUUCGGAGUUCUAAUCUCUUAAUGGGUGUCUCAGAAGAUGUUUAUCUGCAAAUUCUUCUUUUUGUGGCCAAUAAUUGGUGUACGAAGUUUUGCACCACCACUAUGGGCGACAUUCCACUUAUAAAAUAUGUAGAUCGUGAUGGUAGUGUGUCUUUGUGCAGCAUCAACGAAUCAGCUCAGAAGAACAGUGAGAGGUUGUUAUGUCGAUCACAUCAAACUCGUUAUAUAUCUUGGUUGAUUGAUUGGAACAAGGAAUUUGGAUUUGUUGGAAAUAGAUUUUUCCUGCCGAAAAGUACACAGGAAGCCAUCUAUUCAUUUUCUAAGAAGGAGGCCAUCCUCCAAUGGCUUAGAGUUGAGGUGAAAGUUUCUGAGAUAAAUUUACGUGGCUAUGCAGAAAAAGUAACUAAUCAUCUCAAUGAUAAUAGGAAGAACACCAUCGCCUAUGCUUGCUUCCUAUACCAGUCAUUUUUACGGGGUUAUCUGAAUGCAGAGGGGGUUGAUUCUUUGUGUGGUAAAAUGCCAGUAGUAGAUAGCUAUGGUCAUGUGACCAAAGAAAGGAGUGGAGUUCUUGUCCCUGCUAACGGAAGCAAAUGGGUGGAGUUGAUUGGUUCUAAUCCUUGGAGGGAAGAAAACUACGUCGAGCUCGGAGAGGACUACUUGCAUCCGGCAUGUUUUGCUGGCACUAGAACAUCAGAAGAAAAGUUUAUGGAAUUCCUUAUUACUCGUGUCAAAGCUUCUGAUAUUCCAAAUAUAUCUCCUCCCAAUGCUGGAAUACCUACUGUGUCCGGGCCACUCACAAAACAGAAUGCAUUUCUGCUGUUGGAUUGGAUUCGUGAGCUAAAACGCAGAGGAAUUCGCAUUCCAGCAAAGUUGUUAACAUGCAUAAAGGAGGGUAGCUGGCUUAUGAUUAUAGUUAAUGGUUCUCCAGAUCACAGACCACCAUCACAGUCAUUCCUACUUACUUCAGAUGGUGGAAAUUCAAACUGGGGAACGACUUUGCAAAAUGGAACUGUGCUUGUGGAUAUCCCAUUAAUCGACCAGGGUUUUUAUGGUGAUAAGAUUAAGGAGUACAAAGAGGAGCUAAAAACAAUUGGAGUCAUGUUCGAAUAUGGGGAAGCAUGUAGAUUUAUUGGAAAUCAUCUGAUGUCUCUUGCAGCAUCAUCCAAUUUGUCCAGAAGCUAUGUGAUAUCAAUACUCAAUUUCAUCAGAUUUUUGAAGCAAAACUUUCUUUCUCCGGAUCACUUUGUUAGCAAAAUGAAAGAAGGCAGAUGGUUAAGAACUUCCCAUGGUUGCACGUCUCCAAAUGGAUCAGUUCUAUACAGUGAGGAAUGGAAAACUGCAAGGCAAAUCAGUAAAAUACCCUUCAUUGAUAAAGAUGACUAUGGUGAAGAAAUUAAUUGUUUCAAAGCAGAACUUCAGUUGCUCGGUGUCAUAGUUGACUUCAAUGGGAAUUACCAGAUGGUUGUUGACAACUUAUUGUCUUCAUUUUCAUCUUCUCUGACAGCAGAGGCUCUUCUAUUUAUAUUAGAUUGCAUGCAUCAUUCAACAUCUUCAGACAAACUUGCCAAAGCUCUUAAAGGCGUGAGAUGUGUGAAGACAAAUGUCGGUUACAAAUCUCCAGGUGAAUGUUUCUUUCCUGAUCCUGAAUGGGGCUCCCUUCUAGAGGUUUUCAACACUGUCCCAGUGAUUGAUCAUGAUUUCUAUGAAAGUCACAUAACCACUCGCAAAAAUGAGUUGAAGCAGCUGGGAGUAAAGGUAGAUUUUGAGGAGGCUGUCAAUGUGUUCGUCCACUCUUUCAAACGACAGGCAUCGUUUUCUUCCAUUUCAAAAGACAAUGUUUUUUCAUUCCUGUCGUGCUACAGAAAGCUAAAGGAAAAUUCUCUUAAAUUUCCUUCAGAUCAGAAGAAGUGCAUCCGCGAAGUGAAUUGGUUGAGGACUCGGCUCGGAGAUUAUAGAUGUCCAGGAAACUGCAUCCUGUAUGGUCCUGAAUGGGAGUCAAUCCUUGCAAUUACUCUCCUUCCGUUCAUUGAUGACAGUGACAAGUUCUACGGGAAGGGUAUUCGUGAAUAUGAAAGGGAGCUGAAGAAGAUGGGAGUUGUUGUUGAAUUUAAAGCCGGUGUGGAAUUUGUGGCUGCGGGUCUUUAUUUUCCUCUGAAUCCUUGUCACAUAACUUCUGAGAAUGUGCUCUCUUUGCUGGAGUGCAUCCGAAUCUUAUUGCAAGAGAAGGAUUACUCCUUUCCUGACACUUUUCUAAGAAAUGUUCGUCGAGAGUGGUUAAGAACCCAUGUUGGCUACAGGACUCCAGACAACUGUUGCUUGUUUGAUUCCAAAUGGGGUUUGUAUUUGAAGAGCACUGACGGACCUUUCAUUGAUGAAGUGUUUUAUGGAUCUAACAUCACAUCAUAUAGGGAAGAGCUGAGCUCUAUAGGAGUUACUGUUGAAGUGGAAGAGGCAUGCCCAUUGCUAGCCAGUAACUUAUAUCACCAUUCUGAUUUUUCCACUAUUGUUCGAAUAUUCAAAUUUUUGAGCAAAAAUGAGUGGAUGCCAGAAAGUGAUGCAACCAGAAAGAUUUGGAUUCCUGAUGGACAGGAGAACGGUAAGUGGGUUAAUCCAGAAGAAUGUGUCCUGCACAACAGAGAUGGUCUUUUUGGUCAGCAGUUUAAUUUUUUGGAGGAAUACUACGAGCCAGACUUGCUUUGUUUCUUCUCCACUGCAUUUAAUGUCACUUCUUAUCCUUCUUUUGAUUCUCACUGCAAGCUUUGGAAGGUUUGGGAAACUUCAGGAUACCAAUUAUCACAUGCUCAGUGUUGUGCAUUCUGGGAGUGUGUUAUGAGUCGAUGGAGCUCAGAGGUGGAGACAACUCUUGCUGAUGGCUUAAUGAAACUGCCUGUUCAUUCUGGCUGUGGAGAAAUUUUGUUGUUAGACAAGAAUGAUGUUUUUGUAGCUGAUGACCUUCUUCUGAAGGAACUUUUUGAAAAGUUUUCUCCUCGCCCAGUACUUGUCUGGUAUCCUCAGCCGAGCUUGCCUUCUUUGCCCCGAAGUAAGUUGCUUGAAAUAUACAGAAAAAUCGGAGUUCGCACAAUUUCUGAAUCAGCGCAGAAGGAAGAACUGUCCUUGGCAGAUGGAGUGAAACUCAAACCGUUGAAUCCAAGAGUCCUUUUUAUAGGAAAAGAGAUGGUUCGCCUCAUUCUUGGCUUUUUAGCUGAUCCUUCUUUAAAAAUGCAAGUGAAAAAGAGGCAUGAAGCUGUUCAGUGCCUCCUCAACAUCACUGCCCUUGUGACUGCGGAGCCAAUUACUGUAAGCUAUAGUUUAUCACUCUCUUCAGGGGAGAUUGUGAAAGUAAGAGGAAGUCGAAUGAUUCGUUGGGAUAGAAAGAGUUCAAAGUUCUAUACACAGAAGCCAGACAAGGCUGGUGGACCCAAAGUUCGCAUUGAAUAUGCCACUUAUUUAGCUGAAGCCAUAGCUGAGGGCGUGUUGUGGGAUAAAGAAGAUCAUAUAAGCGCACUCUCUGAGCUGAUCAAGGUGGCUGUCCUGGUCAGUUUCAAUGAAGAAGCAGUUCAGUUCUUAAUGAAGUCCAAGAAUUUGCAGAUUUUUGAGGAGGAUGAGGAAUUCCUUUCUGCUGCUUUCCCUUAGUAGGUGUCCAAAAAAUAUCAUGCUACUGUUCCUAUGUAUAAAUAUGUAGUUUUCCUAAGAACAACCAGUUGAUCAAUUGCUGAUUCUGGUAAGUCUACAACUGUCGGAGUAAACCUAACUAUGUGUUUUCUGUCGUUCUUCGAAUCGCAGCUAGCAACUAUCUAAUGUAUACGCUUAAAUGUAUGCUUCGGCUAUAUGCAAGAUGGUCAUUUGUGCUUA